AUGACAAAUUCCAAUGUGAUGAUGGGAUUUCUCCUCACAGGGUUUUCUGAUGUAUGGGAACUGCAGGUUUUGCAUGCCAUAACCUUCUCUGUGAUGUUGGGAAACACUCGCAUUGUUACUGUCACCACCCUUGACAGGAGUCUUCACACACCCAUGUAUUUCUUCCUUAGGAAUCUGUCCAUCUUGGUUGCAUGCUACAUUUCUGUAACAGUUCCUAACUCAUGCAUCAAUUCUCUACUUGACAGCAGCACCAUUUCAAAGGCUGGGUGUAAAGCUGAGGUCUUCCUAGUGGUUUUCUUUGUAUAUACGGAGCUUCUGUUUCUGACUCUCAUGGCCCAAGACCAUUAUGUGGCUAUCUGCCAACCCCUUUACUACCCUAUAAUCAUGAACUCUAAAAUCUGCAUACAAAUGACUCUGGCUUUCAUACUCCGUAGUCUCAUCUAUGCUGCUGUACACACUGGCAAUACAUUCAGGCUGCCAUUCUGUCAAUCCAAUGUUAUCCAUCCAUUUUUUUGUGAUAUCCCUUCUCUGCUAAAGCUCUCCUGAUUUGACACCUUUAGCAAUGAGAUGGUGCUCAUUGUCUGUGGUCUAGGGAUUGUUGGUGGCUGUUUAAUUUUCAUCAUCAGCUCUUACAGUCACAUGUUUUCUACAGUUUUCAAGUUUCCGAGAGGAGCAGACAGAAAAAAGGCUUUUUCUACCUGUGUCCCUAAUAUAUUUGUGGUAUCUGUCUUCCUCAGCUCAGGUGUUUAUGUAUACCUGAGACAAUCAGAAAACUAUUCCACCAUCCAAGACAUAUUCCCCACUUUUCAACCUUAUUAUCUACAGUUUUAG